GUGGCUUCCAAUCGCUUGAAACAUGUUGUAAUAAAGUUGAUAACAUAUUUACACAUUUCAGUAUCACACAUUGAAUCAAUUUUACUAAAUUAUUCCAUUUCUUGGCUUUAGAAACAUGUUGUGGAGAUACUGUAUGCACGCCCUCUUUCAGUGGUGGAGGUUCAUAUUCGGAUUCUUCCAGUGGAUGGGAUGGCGUUUGAAUGGAACUGCAGGUAUGCUGGACACUAUCUGGAAUGGCGCAGCCUACGAAAUGUCGGCACACGUGAUGAAGAUUUCUUGGCGGUUCAAACCCGAUCGUUUCUGGCGAAACUCUACCCAGGAUUACAUAGCAACCCACGUGGGAUUUGAACACCCUGAUGUUGUGAGGAAGAAGACAAUUUCCUUGUAUGCCGUUACACCCUCCGAGGCUGUUUUUGUUGAGGUGCCCGAAGACGUAGAGUUGUACAACUGCAAGAAGACACCAUUGUUAUAUAUAAGGCAACACGAGGCGGCAGUUAGAAUUAUCCGGAUGCCCAUUUCAUCUUUCAACAAACUUGCUGACGUCAUCGGUGACCCAGACGAGAAGACCGUGGUCUUCCUGCAUUUUGUUGCUCGCAGUGGCUCCACCCUGCUGAUGCAGAUUCUCACGACAUUUCACGGAGAGAAGAGGGCCAUAAGCAUAUCGGAGGCCGGCUCAGAUAGCCAGUUGAUUUCCGACAGGGGGAAGUAUUCCGAUGACGAAUUCAAACGCGUUUUCCGGAAUACGUUUCGUCUGAUAUGCAAAGAUCCAGCGUCGCUUAUAGCAAUGAAAAUGAGUUUCCCCGAUUCUUUGGAAUUGGCACCCUUGAUCAAGGAAACGUUUCCGAAAUUCCACCAGUUCUUUUCGUACCGCAAUGCAUUGCCGCUGAACCGUUCGAAAGCUUUAUUAUACAGUCAGAUCGUCAAUUUCAAAUCGAUGAACUUUGCCCAAAGAUGGCCCCUGUUCGCCCAGCUCCUCCGUCUGCCGCGAGAGCAGAGGCUCCGAGAUUACUAUGGCGACAAGAUGUACCAACGGCUGAAAGGUUACCUUCCAAACUUCACGAUGUAUCAGACCAUCUGCAUCCACACUGCGAUCCAGUUCGAAGCCUACCAAUCACAGUUUAAAAAUGGCGUCGGGGUAAGAGGUGUCAAAUAUGAGGACAUCCGAACAGAACCUAAGAUGGCACUUGAGAAGAUCUUGGACCACAUUGGAUUGGCAAAGCACAGAUAUCAGGUACCGGAAAUGCUUAAAGCAAUGGAGGAAGACGCGCACAUAAACGGGAUCCCAGAAUGCAUGAGCAAGAGGCACGCUGUGGAUCACGAUAACGUACUUCCGGUCGAGUCUGCCAUGCCUGCUACCAUCUCGCAGAUCGAUGACCUCUGUAGCGCGUUGGGUCUACCCCUGCUUUCGAGGCAGCAUCCUUUGGAGGGGACGAUCACUGACGCCACGGUGUCUCCAAGAUUAUGAUCGAUUACCUCUGCACCGCUAUAUGGGCCUGCCCCUUCUUUUGAGUCACUAUACCCCAUUGGAGGGGACGUUAACUGACGAUAAGUUGCCAUCCUGGUUAUGAUGCAAGCGCUCAUAAAUCUUUCAUUUGAAGAACACGAUCAUUAACACAGAGAUGUCUUCGUGUUAUUUUCGGGCCAGAAGUCUGAUUAUCUUGACAGACGUCCUCAAUGAGUAACUUUAUUACCGGCAGGCGGCAGUACACUCUUAGAAAUUAAAGCUGUAGUAAUGAUGCACUUUCACAUUCUUGGUUUUUAUUGGUUCUUGACACAUGCACAUGUAUAUGUAUUCUUAC